GGGGUGACGUCAUAAGACUGCGCCGUUUCUGGGUCUGUUUCAGCUGAAGAGAGGUUAACGGUACAAACACCAAAAAGUGAGAUCAACACGACUCACUAUUAUUAAGAUACGAGGAUAUUAAGACAUGAAGAUUGAAGAAAUAUUCAGUGUCCAACAUAAAGAUACAGAAGAACAAACAAAGAUGGAGUUUAUUAAAGAGGAGAUUGAAGACACAUACAGAGUCAAACAUGAAGAGACUGAGACACACACUGUUAUAAAGAUGGAGUUUAUUAAAGAGGAGAAAGAAGACAUGAAGAUUGAAGAAACAUUCAGAGUCAAACAUGAAGAGACUGAGACACACAAUAUUAUAAAGAUGGAGUUUAUUAAAGAGGAGAGAGAAGAUGUGAAGAUUGAAGACACAUUCAGAGUCAAACAUGAAGAGACUGAGACACACAAUAUUAUAAAGAUGGAGUUUAUUAAAGAGGAGAGAGAAGAGAUGAAGAUUGAAGACACAUUCGGAGUCAAACAUAAAGAUACUGAGGGGCAAACAAAGAUGGAUUUUAUUAAAGAGGAGAGAGAAGAUGUGAAGAUUGAAACAUUAAGAGUCAAACAAGAAGAAACUGAGACACAAACAGACCUGAAAGAAGAGAGUGUAGAACUGAAAGAAAUGCAAGAUAAAAAUCAUUACAAAAAGCAACAUGAAUUCAUAACUGGACAAAAAUCAUUUAGUUGCUCAAAGACAGCAAAGACUUCCUCACGAAAAAGAGCUCGAAAGACUAGAUCUAGAAGUAAUUUCACCUGCCAACAGUGUGGAAAGAGUUUCAGCCAUCAAGGAAAACUUGAAGUCCACAUGAGAAUUCACACUGGAGAGAAGCCUUUCAUCUGCAAACAAUGUGGAAAGAGUUUCAAUGAACAUGGAAAUCUUAGAGUCCACAUGAGGAUUCACACCGAGGAGAAGCCUUUCACCUGCUCUCAAUGUGGAAAGAGAUUUACUCAUAAAAGCACUUUCAAUGCCCACAUGACUAUUCACACCGGAGAGAAGCCUUACACCUGCAAACUGUGUGGGAAUAAUUUUGUUGGAAAAGGAAGCUUUAACAUGCACAUGAGGAUUCACACUGGUGAGAAGCCUUACACUUGCUCUCAGUGUGGAAAGAGUUUCACUCAACAAGGAAACUUUAAGAGGCACAAGAGAGUUCACACUGGAGAGAAGCCAUUCACAUGUAAACUGUGUGGAAACAGUUUCACACGACAAACAAGCUUUAACGGGCACAUGAGAAUUCACACCAGAGAGAAGCAUUAAACCUGCAAACUGUGUGGAAGAACUUCACUACAAAACUAAACCUUAACUAUCACAUGAAUAGUGACACUGGUGACAUGAUCAGUGGAAAGAGUUUCAUCCAUAAAGCAACCAUUAAUAAUCACAUGAGGCUUCACACUGGAGAGAGACCUUUUAUGUGUCUUCAGUGUAAAAUGUGUUUCACAUAUCAAAAAGACCUCAAACAUUGUUGCAAGCAGGAUGGGGCUGAGAGCCGUGGGAAGGGAUUGAGGCCUCGAGUUUCAUGGAAGGUUCCUGCCUCCUUGCUCUGUUCCCACGACUCUCAGCUCCGCCCUGCUUGCUACAUGUAAACUGAUGUAAAAUUUUGUAGCGUUUCAGAUACCUAAGACUUGAUCAGGGCUGCGUUUAUCAAAGCAUUAUAAGCUUAAGGACAUCGUAGACCCAUUGUAACCACCAAAGCUUACAAUCCUUUUGGGAAAUGCAACCCAGAUUUUUGUUAAAACAAUGCAAAGAACUGAAUUUCACAAGAUGCCCUGAGUCUCUCACACUGGAUGACCAUAAAACUGAGACCUGUCACCUCAAAGCCUGAGUAAACUAGUUACUCCUCUACAGAUGAUUUUAUAAACUAGUGACUGUAUAAAAAUAACUCCUCCAGCAUUCUCGACUCUAGGCAGUUAACCCAGGAUAAAUGGGUCUAGAGACACAAAUUCUGAAUCUCACAGGGAAAAUCAUAAGAAAAAAGUGGGAUUUCCUCUCUCAAGAUAAAGAGCUAAAGCCAGACUCCAUUUUUACCUCUUUCUUGCAUGACUGGAAUCCUCUCUAAAACCCACAGAGACUGUCUUUAAAGAUAAAAAUGCUUCAGAUAAUUCCAAAAUGAUGCUAUCAGGACUUAAUUUGAAUAUUCUACAUCAUGUCUGAAUGUCAUCCACUUAAUACAGUAGAUGGCCAACCAAAACAAUCAUUAAAGCACAUUUUCACAAAUAGCCGUCAGCUUUGCCUCACCGAUGUGUUAUAUUUGACGGUUGCAGUUGGGGGAAAAUUAAGUUAAAAUAUUUAAUAUUCACAGAUGAAAGUUUAGUAUACUUCUAAAAUUCUGUGUGUUUCUUUAAACAAAUUCAAGCAGGAUAAAUAUCAAUCCUAUGUGUCUGUGCUUAUAUUUUAUCUAAGCUACAUAUUAUUACGCCAUAUUUAAAAUUUGAAACAUUUAAUACCUGUGCAGUUUUGUUUAUAUAAUAAGAAUUAUGUGUUAUAUUAUUCAAAGUAAACUGUGGUUUACUUUGCAUUGGAGCAUUAAAAGUG